UUGGGACCUGAUCAGCUUAGUACAGAAGUGACUGCUUUCAACUACUUAGGCCUAACUCCCUCCGAAACAAUGAAUUAUACAAGUUUUAUCUUGGCUUUUCAGCUGUGUGCGAUUUUGGGUUCUUCUACCUAUUACUGCCAGGCCGCGUUUUUUAAAGAAAUAGAAAACCUAAAGGAAUAUUUUAACGCAAGUAACCCAGAUGUAGGGGAUGGUGGGCCUCUUUUCCUGGAUAUCUUGAAGAACUGGAAAGAGGAUAGUGACAAAAAAAUAAUUCAGAGCCAAAUCGUCUCCUUCUACUUCAAACUCUUUGAAAACUUGAAAGAUAACCAGGUCAUUCAAAAGAGCAUGGACACCAUCAAGGAAGACCUGUUCGUUAAGUUCUUCAACAGCAGCACCAGCAAGCUGGAAGACUUCCAAAAGCUGAUUCAAAUUCCGGUAAAUGAUCUGAAGGUCCAGCGCAAAGCAAUAAGUGAACUCAUCAAAGUGAUGAAUGAUCUGUCGCCCAAAGCUAACCUGAGGAAGCGGAAGAGGAGUCAGAAUCCAUUUCGAGGCCGGAGAGCGUUGCAAUAGUGGUCAUCCUGCCUGCAAUAUUUGAAUUUUUAAAUCUAAAUCUAUUUAUUAAUAUUUAAUAUUUUACAUUAUUUAUAUGGGGAAUAUAUUUUUAAACUCAUCAAAGUAUUUAUAAUAGCAACUUUUAUGUAAUGAAAAUGGGUAUCUAUUAAUAUAUAUAUUAUUUAUAAUUCCUGUAUGGUGUGACUAUUUCACUUGACCCUUUUUUUUCUGACCAACUAGGCAAGAUUAUAUGAUUACAAGGCUUUAUCUCAGGGGCCAACUAGGUAGUGGGUAGCCGACCUACCAAGACCCUGUGAGCUGUGUGUUUAUUUCCCUCGAUGAUACAAUGAACACUUAUAAAGGAAAGGAGGGCCUCCAGUCACUGCCUGUUGGAGAACAUGUCUGCAUUGUGAACCACUGCUUAAUGGCAUGUCAAACCACGCUUGAAUGUGUCAGGUGAUAGGGCUUGUCCCCUGAUAAAGCUUAGUAUCUCCUCUCAUGCCUAGUGCUUCA